AUGGCAGAUCAUCCGAUCCACACCCUUCAUCGGUUGAUUGAACGACAGCGACUUCUGCUGAAACUGAUCGGCUUAGAUUCCUACGAUCGGCAGUUUCGUGUCAACGGACUAACCGUCAUGGUGGUGUUCAUGGCAUCACUAUUUUUCGUGAUAUCGCUUUACGACUUGGUCCUGUUCAAGAAUGACAUGUUUAACUUUGUCUUUGUGCUGAUUACGAUCUUCUUUGCCACCAUCGGUUUCGGUCUGAUAGCGGUAUUUUUGACGUACAACCAUGUGUUACCGGACUUACUGGACCAAACCUACUAUACGUACCGGCUGGUGAAGGAUGACGAGCGCGAAAUGCACAUUUUAAGCUGGUACACGCAACUUUUUCAACGCGCUGUUAAUGUGUACACGGUCAUAUUCAUUGGGACGUCCAUUGCUGCAGCCAUAUUUCCUCUCGGUGUGUACUUGUUGUACGGUGAGCGUGUGUUACCGUACGGUGUAGUGCUCCCAUUCGUGGAUCCAUCCUCCCAGGUGGGGUACGAGCUGAACUACAUGUAUCAGGUUAGCUGCAUUAUCUGGACACCUCCCGGGCUAGUUGCAUCGGAGUGUAUGGUGUUUGCGCUGGUACUCAAUAUCUGCAUUCAGUAUGACAUCCUGGAGGUGCAGUUACUAGACCUAGACGAGCUAAUACGUUCGCAUGGUCCCAUGCGGGAGGUGUUGAUCGCGCAAAAGCUACGGACAAUGCUGCACGGUCAGCAACGGCUCGUGAGCUUUAUCUCCAGCAUUGAAGAUUCGCACACGGUACUCUCAGGUGUGCAGGUACUAUCGCUUGGACUACAGAUUGUGAUCACACUCUUUGUAUUGCAGUUCUCUCUCUGGAUCCCUGGCCUGGUACUGAUACCGACGUUCUCACUGCAACUCUUUCUGUUCUGUCUGCUCGGCACCAUCAUUGAGCAUAAAGGUGACAAGUUUUCGGACAACGUAUAUGACCUUACUUGGAACGAGUUGUCAAUGGUGGAUAAAAAAAAUUUUCGCCUAUUAUUGCUUAGCUCCCAACAUCCCAAAACACUGACAUGUGCGCGUAUGACACCGAUCUGCUUGAAUCUGUUCCUAAAUGUGCGUAAGGGUAGUAUGUCGCGAACGUUUUACUCAUUUUUCAUGAUGUUAGGAAACACCACGUAA